AUGGCCCAAGCAACAGACAAGAUCUACCGCCCGUGGCCUCACGGGCCCCCAGCAUACGAGCAGGCCAACCCGGGUCAAGUGGGAGAUAUCACCCAAAACCCAGACUGGAACUACUCUCUCUUCGACUGCUGCCAACCAGGAUCGCUAUGUUUGAUGAGUUGCUGCCUCCCAUGCCUCACGUUCGGAAAAACACAAGGUAGAAGGCGUGAUCCCACUUUAAAAAGCUUCAGCUAUUGCAAUGCAGAUUGCACAAUAUUCACAGGCCUCGGGUUGAUGUACUCCCAUUGGAUUAUUCAGACAAUUAGAAGAGGUGAAAUGCGCGAGCGCUUUGGUAUCAAAGGGAGCUGCGUGGGUGAUUGCUGCGUGACAUACUGCUGUUCUUGUUGCGCUCUGGUGCAGGAGGAGAAGGAGGCUGAGUUGCGGACUAGAGCGGAGUUGGGGUACCAAAUGAUGCCUGGUAUGGAGUAUAAGAGGUAA